CAAUUUUCGAAUAGGCACGUUCCCUUUUUCUCACUAUUCCAACAUUGGGCAAACAAUCGACAGCCACUAGCAUUGAGAUACGAAGUAGAAAGGAUGAGGUCAGAGCUUUCCAAAUUUAUGCUCGUGUGCAUCGGCAGUGCGACGCUGCUCUCGGCGUGUUCCAAUGCCUUUGUAUCGAUAGCGUCAUUCAAAUCUUCCGUAUCUCGCAGCGACCGUGCGUAUGGUACAUCACACUCGUCUUCAGCAUUGUUUUCUACCGAAGCCAAGGCGAAGACUUUAUUUGAUACAGUCGAUGAACGUACAGGCAAACCGACGGGAACAUCCUUCUUACCUGCCGAUGUCGUUGAGCUCGCUGCCAAGGGAAAUCCGAUCGAGAAGGCCAAGCUGGCCAAGGACGGCACGUCGGCGUUCAUCGACGUAUACGAGUAUGCGCGUAAGAUCCGAGAAGGGGAAAUGACCUGGGAAGAAGUAGAGAAAGCCGAUCUCGAUACGAGACUCAAGUACGUCGGUAUGCUGCACCGCGGCAAGCGCACACCCGGUCAAUUCAUGAUGCGUCUCAAGGUACCGAACGGCAUAGUCAAUGCCGACCAAAUGCGAUUCUACGCCGACUGCGUGUCGAAAUACGACGAAGAAUUGGGCGUCGUUGACAUUACCACCCGUGCAAAUAUCCAACUGCGGGGUGUCAAAAUUGAAGACGCCCCCGACAUUAUUGAUGGUCUGCAUGCGCGUAACCAAACCAGUUUCCAAUCGGCAUUGGACAGCGUCCGCAACAUGGUCGGAAGUCCACUGGCCGGUAUUGACGACCAAGAAAUGGUCGACACGCGCGAGUUCUGCAACGCCCUGAACGACUUGGUCAGUCUCGACCCCGUCACGGAAACCCGUGGCAAUCCAAUGUGGGGCAACUUGCCGAGAAAAUUUAAUAUUGCCGUAUCCGGAUCCCGAGAUGACUUUGCCCACACGCACAUCAACGAUAUUGGAUUGCAACCUUGUCCCCAUGCAAAAACGGGCGAAAUGGGCUUUAAUGUGGUGCUAGGCGGAUACAUGUCGAUUAAACGUGUCGCUGAAGCCAUCUCGGCGAACAUGUGGAUCAAAGCGGAUCGAGAAUCUGUGGUAACCUUAUCGGAAGCAAUUUUACGCAUUUUUCGGGAUGAAUCAGAGCGAAAGGACCGUCAAAAGGCGCGUCUCAUGUGGCUCGUUGAAAAGUAUGGAGUAGAAGAGUGGAAGAAAGCCGUCACCAAGGAGAUUACAAGCUACGAUCGUGGGGUGUCCGUGGAAGAUGCCCAGCCCGCGCCCUCCGGUAAAUUCGAACGUCGUGAACUUUUGGGAAUUCACAAACAACCACAAGACGGCAAAGUUCGCGUUGGCGUUCUAGUACCGUCCGGACGACUUAGUCGACACGAAUGCCGUGAGAUUGCGGACAUUGCGGACAAGUACUCGGACGGCGAAGUUCGAUUGACCGUCGAACAAAAUAUCAUUUUUCCCAAUGUUGAUGAAGACAAGGUUGAUGAGCUCCUCGCGGAGCCUGCAUUUGGCGCUGGCAAGCGACUGAAAACAAAUCCUGGAUUUAUCGAAGGAAACAUUGUGAGUUGCACCGGAGCUCAAUUCUGUGGAUUGGCGUUGAUUGAAACAAAGAGCAAUGCGGAAGCACUAGGCAAGAAACUGGAACGACUUGUCACAGUUGACCGUCCUAUUCGCAUACAUUGGACUGGGUGUCCUAACUCGUGUGGUCAAGUUCAAGUCGCUGAUAUUGGAAUCAUGGGCGGGCCGGCCCGCAAAGAAAUUGAUGGAAAGAAAAUGGCAGUCCCCGGAUGCAAGAUCUUUGUUGGCGGCCGUGUCGGCGAAGAUGCUCAUUUGGCACUGGAACCGUAUAAGGAGGGCAUUCCGCUGGACGACGACGAUCUUCUGCCAGUGUUAGUUGACAUUCUUAAAACUGAAUUCGGUGCGAAGGAAAAGAGAUGAGCACCUGUUGGGUCGCGUUUUUUGACAGGCGCAUUGUUGUACUCCGCGAUCCGUCAGUAAAUUCAAUAUUGCAUACUAUCACGUAAGGUCAGUGGAACAAACAGCAUUAAACGACAACAACAAAGCAGCGGUCGCAAUCACCAGGCGACAGUAAGUUACUAGAUGAGACCUCUGUACCUU